AUGCAGUUUAACCUCAGUUCCGUGCGGAUCCCAAAGCGCCGGCAGGAGCUAGUGCACUGCGUGUGGCCGGACUAGUGCCCCCGGGGCUGGCUCCCGCUUGCCGAGCUGCGCAUUUUAUGCAUUGCAAAGAGGAGCUUCCCCGGCUACUUCGCACUCGCUGAAGUUUCUGCGCCGUAGAAGUUUUGCCGAAGCCCUGGAGGGUCCGGCUCUGGGCAGGAUAACGAGACCCGGUGGUGGGGGGGAUGCGGCGGGCCAGACCCGGGGAUUGCCGGCGCUGGUUCCCCACAGCCAGCCUACGCGUGGGCACGGGCACAGGCUUCCGGAGCGCGCUAAAGCGCGGGUGCCCCGCCGCCUGCUCAGGUGGGGCUGGGGGCAGAGACCUCUUUAAGAGGGGGGCGCCUCGUCCCUUCGCCUUUGGGCAGGAGCCCAGCGCCUCUUCUCCGCUCUGCAUCCCCCGGGCUGCCCAGCGCAGGGCACGCGACCAGCCCGAGCGGGGCCGCCCUGUUGGCUGCUUUAACGGGGGCCGGGAGCGGAGCGUGGCCAGCGGCUGCAGGCGGUGUUUUUAGGGCUCCCUUCUCGGUACAGCGCUCAUCGCCUUAGCUGAGGCCGCAGCGCUGCGCCCAGCCAGCUGGAACCGUUGCUGGGCUGGCUUGGGCUGUCAGGGCGGAUCAGUCUGUGCCAGCUGUUUCCCAUGUCUGCUGGAGCACUGUGACCGCAGUCAACCUCGGAGGCUAGAGACUGUGCCUGUCUGCGGAGCGAGAGAAGGUGGAAAGACAUGACAUGAAUACUCUGAGCUUGCCACUUAACAUUCGCCGUGGGGGUUCAGACACCAACCUCAACUUUGAUGUACCUGAUGGGAUCUUAGAAUUUCACAAAGUCAAACUUAAUGCAGAUAGCCUGAAACAAAAAAUUUUGAAAGUUACAGAACAGAUCAAAAUUGAACAAACAGCCCGUGAUGGAAAUGUGGCUGAAUAUUUAAAACUGGUGAACAGUGCGGACAAGCAGCAGGCUGGACGAAUUAAACAAGUCUUUGAGAAGAAGAACCAGAAAUCUGCCCACUCCAUUGCCCAGCUACAGAAGAAAUUGGAACAGUAUCACCGAAAGCUCAAAGACAUUGAACAAAAUGGAUCUUCCAAAAGUUCCAAAGAUAUUUCGAAAGAUAACUUGAAGGAUAUCCAUCCCCCUUUAAAAGAUGUCCAUGGCAAAUCUCGUAUCAGUGGCCAAGGUGCUGAGAGCAGCAAAUCGGGUGUGCCAGGUGUCUCCUUGACACCACCAGUGUUUGUUUUCAGCAAGUCGAGAGAGUUUGCAAACUUGAUCCGAAAUAAAUUUGGUAGUGCUGACAACAUUUCUCACCUGAAAAAUACCCUGGAUGAAUUUCGGCCAGAAACUAGUUCCAGGGCCUAUGGUGGCAGUGCUACUAUUGUUGCUAAACCAAAAUAUGUUAGUGAUGAUGAGUGCUCAAGUGGGACAUCUGGCUCUGCAGAUAGUAAUGGGAACCAUUCCUUUGGGCCUGGUGGGACAAACGCUCUGGACAGCCAAGCAAAGCUUUCCAUGAUCUUGGAGGAACUGAGAGAAAUAAAGGAGACACAGUCCCAAUUAGCUGAUGACAUACAGAAUUUAAAAGCACAGUUUCAAAGAGACUAUGGUUUUAUUUCUCAGACAUUGCAGGAGGAAAGAUACAGAUAUGAACGAUUGGAAGACCAGCUAAACGAUCUGACAGAUCUUCAUCAGCAUGAGACUGCAAACCUGAAACAAGAGCUAGCCAGCAUAGAAGAAAGAGUGGCAUAUCAGGCCUGUGAACGGUCACGAGAUGUUCAGGAAGCCUUGGAAUCUUGCCAGACUAGGGUUUUUAAGCUGGAGUUCCAUCAGCAAGAACAGCAAGCACUGCAGUCAGAAACUGUGAAUGCCAGAGUACUCCUAGGGAAAUGUAUAAAUGUAAUCUUGGCCUUCAUGACCGUCAUCUUAGUGUGCGUUUCUACCAUUGCAAAGUUUAUAGCUCCUAUGAUGAAGAGCCGUUUCCAUAUCAUCUGCACUUUUUUUGCAGUGACUCUACUUGCAAUAUUUUGUAAAAAUUGGGAUCACAUUAUCUGUGCCAUAGAAAGGAUGAUCAUACCAAGAUGAAUCCACUAGUCCGGAUCUUUUAUUUUUUUAAAGAAAUGUGUGUGUACAAACUACCAAAAUUUUUAAUUUUGCAAUUUAAACAUGCAGACUGGAUGAAGGCUAUAAAAACACUUGAAUGCUAAGGUGUAAAUACUUCAAUUUAUACUCCGUGGCAGUUAUUUGCCUAUUCAAUUAUACUGUAUGUAAUUGGCUAAAUCUAUUACAAACUGCUCACUCCUGUAAAUCUUUUGCCUUAAUCUUACCAGCUUUCCACUUUACAAACCAGCACAUCUACAAGAGGUCAUGCUACUGGUGAUGUAAGAAACCUGAAGUGUAUUGUGUCAUUAACUAAAGUGAGGAGGAGUGAUGGUGAGAGUGCAUUAUAAUAAGUGUGUACUUGCCCCAUUCCUAUUGGAUUAAUUCAGUUGUCUAGCUUCCCAUAUGAACCAGGAUAGAAUGGCUAGCUAUAUUUUACAAUAUUAGGAAAUACCAGCCAUACUUAUAGUAUUUCCUAAUGCUAGAUGAUUUAACAACUGUGAAUUAGAAACUGGGAAGGUGCUUAAUCACAAUCCAGCACCAUUUCCUGAUGCUUCUGCCAGUAGGCCCAUACUCAGACAGAUUCUGUAAAUGUUAUACUUUCCCAACAAUUUGAUAUGACUAGAGUCUCUUGUGAUACACAUUAGUAAAUAUUGUAUCCUUGAGCUAUUCUUUAUCAUGUGUAGGAAAUAUAUAAAUGUAAUAACAUGCCUCCAAAUAUGAUGCAGUGAAUGAAUUAUAAGAUCACAAGGACAUCUUAGAAGAAUAAAGAAACUAGUAACCAGUGCGGAUGCCACUAUGUUGACUUCAGUACCUCUUCUUGUCAUAUUUCAAGCUUUGCAGAUUGCAAAGGGAGAGCACAUAAACAAUUGUUUAAAUUUUUAACAGUCAGUUGAUAAGCUUUCCAAUUAACAUGAAAUGGAUAACACUAGGCCCCAAGUUGAAAUAGGAGUUAGUAAUUCUGAAGGAAGUUGGAUGCUGUAAGUUUUUUUUGCUUCAGGGUUCCACAGGGGAUGUGCAGGAACCACCAGGUCAGGAGGAUUGGGAAAGAAUGAAAGUUUAUAUAUUAGAACUAAUGUGCAAUGUCUUUUGUGAGAAAUUCCUGAGAACAGUGUUUUAGACAUCAGACAAUAACAUCACUAUGAAACAGGUAGGUUUUUUUAAAUAUAAUUUAUUUUGCCUGAUCUAGAAACUACAAAAUAUUUUUCUUGAAAUCCUUUGUUGCCUGGGUAACCAUUAUGAUGUAAAAUAAUAUAUGAAAUAAAAUAUCAGGAUUCUUCUCCACUUGUAUGUAUCCAGAAAAAUGACAAAUGUCUUGUUAUUUAAUUUAAUAUUUAGUGCUGUUUGCUUUUAAGAUAUGUUGUCAUGACAGCAUUAUUGUUACUUUGGUCGCAGGGGUAAUUAUGCCUGAAUUUUAAUUAAGUGCAAUAAUUUGUAUGGAAGUCUUUAGAAAUUCUUAUAUGGAAAAAAGGAAAAAGCACUUUGUCCUUUCUUCACCAUAACAUGAUUUAUAAUUAAUCUAAUAGCUUGCUGUGGCUUCAGGGGCUGAACAAAGAGCAUGGCUAAUGAUGUAAAUAAUGAUAUAACUGAGACUUUAGAAAACUAAAUUUAAAAAAAAAUCAUUAAAGAAAUUCUGAUAUGUGCAAUGUUUUUGAAUAUAGAAAGGAAUUGAAUCCAGAAGGAUUGUGAUACUUGACUUGCUGCAGGCACAGGAAAUUAAUCAAUAGAAUACACCCACUUUAUCUAUCUGGAUCCUGUUCAAUCUUCCAGAGGAAGGUGGAGGAAAUUAAAACAAAAACUUGCUGAUAGUGGCAUGACCUUCCAUACCUCAAACUUAACAGUCAGUUUAACACUGUAUAUGUGAGCAAGAAUUGCCAUAUAUUCAUCCAAAUCCAUUUAUUCUCAAAGUCACUAUUGGUAUCCAAGUAAUUAGUCCUCUUUUCCUUGAUUUCUGAAAGCAAAGAAUUCCAAACACUGAUGACCCUUCUGAGGGGGGGAAUAAUCAGUGUUAAACCUAAACUUUACCUUUUGCAAUUUGCAGGCAGGUCUUUGUGCGUUCCUGUUGCUGUUUAGUUCAAUGAGAUCCUUAUUCCCAAUUCUUUUAUCAUCCCCAUUUAGGUAUUGUAUGGAUACAUUGCAUUAAAAUUUCAUCCCCUAACCAGUCCACCCACUCAUAGCUACCUCAUCUAUCCAGUUGAUAGGCUGAGGAGAUUACAAACUGUAUCAGUUGAAGAGAUUAAACAGAUCUUCAUAGUGAAGUCUCCUCCAUAACUUUGAAAAAACGUAGCUGCUCCUUUCUGGAUUUACUCCAGAAUUUGUACAUCCUAACAGAGGAUUUCCCUUGUUUUGUUUAUAUACCCUUUUGAUGCAGCUUGGGAACCUUUUGGCCUUUACUGCGUUAAACAGUAAAUUCCCAUCUUCAUUGCAGCUAACAUGAAUAUUAAGUUCUUUUGUUGUCGGUACUUCCCAGUUCUUUAGCCAGCAAUUAUAUUUUAGAUUCAGAAUCCUUUAUGACUUGCAUUAAAAUCCAUCAGCCAUUUUAUAAACCAUUCCCCUAAUGUAUUUAAAUUUUUCUUACCAAUUUAUAACUUUGCGUCUAAAGGUGAGUUUGGAGGGGACGGACCUAAAAGGAAGAGCCCCAGUACUGACUCUUGACAUAAUAUGCUAGUGACUUCUCUACAUUGUAAUCCAUUGCCAUCCUUUUUGUAUCCUCCAUUUAAUCAUUUUGAUAUUCAAUUUAUAUACCUGCAUUCCAGGCUGGACAAUAGAAAAAUCAAGCAUUGAUAUAGUACUUUCGUUAAAUGGCUUACAAAUGUCUACAUAUAUGUAAUAUGGAUGCUACUUGUCAGUAGCUUUUCUGAACUCAGGAAAACAAUUGUUUAGUUUAGCAUAAUUUAGAUACCUUUAUUAAUUUAACUUUGCUGAUUCCAGUGUAGAAACCUUGAAUUUGUGACCCAUUCUGUCUGAUCUGUCUCUGACAAUUUCCAGGAUCAGGACAUAACAAAUUAAGCCUCUUUAACUAUGUAAGAUCAGCCAGUCUCUCUCAUAAGCAGAAAAAUCUGUUACAGCCAUGCUUUGGGAAUACAAAGACAUCUGUACUUGGGUAGAAUAUGGUAACUACCAACAAGUGAUCUCCAUGUAAAAUGAGAAUGUAAUGCUCAAAGGAACUGUUUUACCGUUGGCUGAUCAAUCUGACUGACUCCAAAUCAGAAAUAGUGAGGUCUUACAUAACCGAUGCAGUGCAUUUCCAUAUUGGCUUUGUAUUGGAAAUAAAACACAUUUAAAAAUCACAAGACCUCUCUAAAGUAAGAAAAAAGAAAAUGCUUCUCAGUGCAAGUUAAUACAGACCUAACCGUUCUGUCAAUCACGCACUUUCAUCUUUAUAGGUUCCCUUCUGAGCUCUAUCUAAAACCAUACCAAUGUUCAUAGGCUGUCCCAACCAAUAGCAAUUUCAAGAUCUUUCUCCAUGAGAAAUGCUCAGAUUCUUUAUGGAUCGCACGUCUUCUGUCAAGUCUCCCCAUCUUCUUCCCUUCUCUUUCCCUGCGGCUGUCCUGGUCCUUUGGUAAUCUUUCCCUCAUGUUCUAUUUUAAUAUAAAUUUCAAAAACUAAUUAAAAAUGCUUCAACAUACCAUAUUUUCCCUCAUUUUUGCUUCAGUAAUUUGCAUAUGUCCUGUAUUACUUGCUGACCCCAAUCUUCACUUUCCCAACUCUUCCAACAUUUUGUAUUUUUUUUCUCCUUAUGUACCCUUAUCUGUGGUAAGCCAGGGUGUCUAACUUGUGUUAAGGAAGUGGAAGGUAGCUUUUAAUAUGCUCAUGGCACUCAAUCCCUUUAAAUGUAUGCCAAACUCUUUGAAAAUCCCUCUCCCAAAAUAUGUUGAAUUCUUUUCUCUGGCUGAUUCUGGCUGGCAAUCAAAGAACCAUUUAAUUUCAUUGCCAAGUGUAGCUUCAGUCUCAAGAUCCUUAGUAAGUUAGUCAUAAUUGGUUGGAACUGUGUCUAGUAACACUAAUCAUUAUGGUUAACAUUCUAACUGCUUGAGAGAUAAACACAUCUUUGAAAGCCCCAAAGAGUUUGAUGAUAGAAUCCAUACCUGUUGAUUCCUGGAGAGUUAAUUUCCCAUGACCGUUACCUUCACUGUUAGCUACCUUUCUAAUUUCAGCCCACUGAUCCAAAUCAAGGGGUUUCUUUAGGGCAGGGGGUCGGCAACCUUUCAGAAGCGGUGUGCCGAGUCUUCAUUUAUUCACUCUAAUUUAAGGUUUCGCGUGCCGGUAAUACAUUUUAACAUAUUUAGAAGGUCUCUUUCUAUAUGUCUAUAAUGUAUAACUAAACUAUUGUUGUAUGUAAAGUAAAUAAGGUUUUUAAAAUGUUUAAGAAGCUUCAUUUAAAAUUAAAUUAAAUUAAAAUGCAGAGCCCCUUGGACCGGUAGCCAGGACCAGGGCAGUGUGAGUGCCACUGAAAAUCAGCUUGUGUGCUGCCUUCGGCACGCAUGCCAUAGGUUGCCUACCCCUGCUUUAGGGCUUCCCACACAAACCUAGUGAAAGAUGCCCACAUACAUUUAGUUCCACUGUUGUCCAAAGUCACUGAUAUUACUCUGACUGGAUACUAUCCUAUUCAAUUUCUUCCUGCCUUAUAUACUAUAAGUUCAGUCCUUCAUGUAACCCAGUGGUGUUUCUUAUUAAGCUCCAGUUAUACUAGUUCUGGCUUUUCAUAGAGAGCUAUUGAAUCUGGCCACUGCUUGUUUAGUAUUAAAAUGCCUGACAUUAAGAAGUGGAACCGCUACUGGAGUACCAUGUCCAGUUCUGGUGUCAACAUUUCAGGAAGGACGUUGAUAAAUUGGAGAGGUCACAGAAAGAACAUUGAGAAUGAUUAAAGGGUUGGAAAACAUGCCUCACAGUGAAAGAUUCAAGGAGCUCAAUCUGUUUAGUUUAUCAAAGAUAAAGUUAGGGGGUGACUUGGUCAGUCUAUAAGAUCCAGAUGCUUAAUGUAUUUAGGCUAGUAUUCUGUUCUAUAUAGGUUUUUAUACCAUGCACAUCACCAUAGUAUCUGAGCACCUUCCAGUAGUGCAUUAAGCAACAUGACUACACAUCGGUCACAUAUUGUUUGUGUUCUCAUCCUCUUCCCCAGAGGGAGAAGCAUGUGGAGUUGAGUGUCUUGUUUUGGUAGGGUGGGUUUUUGUUUUGUUUGUUUGUUAAAUAUAGCUGUUGCUAUGUGUUCAUGUUUGAGAAGAAAAGAUCAAAGAAAUGUGCCUUGCACUUUGAGUGGAAAGUGACAAGGGUUGUAGUAGUUGUUAGUUCCUGGGAGUUUAUUCCAGUCUCAUACCAUCCCUGGAGAAGGUUGUGUCUCCUGCAUAGACAAGCUUUACUCUUAUUGUUGAGAGUUGCAUUGUGCCAGAGGAGUGAAGUUGUUGACCGUGGUCUUCGUCCCAGAACUUUUGGUCUUUUAGGUAUUCUGAGCCCAGGCUAUGGAAUGCUUCGAAGAUAAGGACUGAGACCUUUAACUUGAUUUGAAAUUCUAUGGGAAGCCUGUGUAGGGAGCAGAGGACAGAUGUGAUAUGCUUAUAGUAGUCUGUGUUGCUGAGGAGAGACACACUGUAGCAUUUUGUACUAGUUGGAGUUUCCUAAGUUCCCAUUGAUUUCAGUGAAAGUUAGGAGCCUAAAUACCUUUCAGCAUCUUUGCAUAAGUACCUACAUUGAGAACAGAGAUUUGAUAAUAGAGGUCUCUUCAAUCUAGCAAACAAAGAUAUAACAUGAAUCAAUGGCUGGAAGCUGAAGCUAGACAAACUCAAACUAGAAAUAAGGUGCAAAUUUUUAACAGUGAGGGUAAUUAAUCCUUGGAACAAUUUACCAUGCGGUGGGGUAGACUGUCCAUCACUCAAAAGUUUUAAAUCAAGAUUAGAUGUUUUUCUAAAAAAUAUGCUGUAGUUCAAACAGGAAUAAAUGCAGGGAAGUCCUAUGGCCUGUGUUAUACAGGAUGUCAGACUAGAUGAUUGCAAUGUUCCUUCUGGCUUUAUAAUCUAUGAUUUACAAAAAUUAGCUAAACAAGCUCAAAAUACAAAGAGGAUCCGGAAUCACUUAGGUGCUUUUGAAAAAUUUUACACCAAGUCCUAUUUUCAGAAGUAACAUGCUCUGAGACUUAGGCGCCUAGAUUUUAUAUUGAUUUUUUUUUUAAUAAGGCAGUUUUAUAACUUCUUCCAGAUAAACAAAUAUAUAUUCGUAGCAAAACUUGAAAUACAGUACUGUAGACAGACAGGUUUUUAAAUGAAAUUUGAAUGCCAACAGAAUGAGCUUAAUCUGGUAGUGAAGCAGAGUUCAGUUUAAAAAAUGAAAAUUUUAUAUUAAAAUAAUGUAAGGGAAAAAGAAAAUAUUGCAAUUUACUGAAUUGCUUAAUCACCCUUGAAGAACAAAAAGCACUAUAAAAUCCAGUUUUGAGGCCAGUAAAAUCCUGUCAUCUGUUUUCUAAGAAAAUUAGAAGACAAUGUACAUACAGAUUGCAUGGGGACUUGAUUGAAUUGUCUUGUAAAUUUGAUUUUAUUGCAUAUGUGUGGUGUAUUAAGUUGUACUGUUGGUAGAAAGCUCUUUCUUUCCAUGAAUCUAUCUCCCUUCCUUUUUUUGUAAGGUAAUGCUGACUAGGCAGUACUGAAGUGUACUGAAAGCUGUUUAUUUUUGACUGAAAAUAUUUGUGUCAGCAUAUAACCUUUGUAUCUCGUACCACUUUCAUUUUGUGCAGCACGGUGUAAAAAUACAUGUAUUAAUGUAUGUAGUGUAUUUGUGUAUUUCUUGGUGUGUCAUGACUGCUCAAAGGUGCCAUUAACAUUUUUUUUUAAAUAAAAGUAUUUUAAAUUUAA